CCCGUAUGUCUCAACAUAUACUGGAGUCACAUUCAUAAACAUAAACAGGAUCCUAGGUUCUCCAUUUGCUGGACUCGCUGUCUACCAUAAAGUUAAAGAAUAGUAAUAACAGAAGAAAAGAGACCAACAUGAAGGAAGCAAACCUGAUGGCGUCAGUGACCAGUUGACCCAGGAGGACCUCAAGCGCGUAUUCCAGGUGCUUGAGGAGAAGAUCAUCACCUUUGUGAAGAAUGAGUUGAAGAGAUUGAAGGAGAUUGUGAGUCCAGAUUACCAAGAAAACUUUGAGGGUAAAGAGCAGGAUGAGAAUGAUGCCAGUGAAGGGGCUCUCAAGAUGGCUCUGCACUUCCUGAGGAACAUGAAGCAGAACAGUAUUAUUGACAAACUACAGGAAAAUCAACAGGAUAUAGUCUGUCAAACUGAACUUAAGAAAUAUCUCAAGAACAAGUAUCAGAGUGUGUCUGAAGGAAUGCCCAAGCAAGGGAGCUCUGCUCUGCUAGAAAAGAUCUACACAGAGGUAUACAUCACAGAGGGAGGAAGUGGGAAAGUAAAUGAGGAGCAUGAAGUCAGGCAGAUUGAGUCCAUAUCCAAGAGACCAGCAGGACAGGAGACAUCAAUCAAAUGCAGAGACAUCUUCAAACCUUUACCUGGCCAAGACAAGCCAAUCAGAAGUGUCAUCACAAAGGGGAUAGCUGGCAUUGGCAAAACUGUCUCAGUUCAAAAGUUCAUCCUGGACUGGACUGAGGGAACAGAAAACCAAGAUGUCCACUUCAUAUUUCCGCUGCCUUUUCGGGAGCUCAACACCCUGAAAGAAAAACAUCUUUCAUUAAUUGAUCUUCUCCACCACUUUUUCAGUGGUGCAGCAGUCGAGCAGUUAACUUUUCCCAGCCUGGGAAAAUACAAAGUGUUGUUCAUCUUUGAUGGUCUAGAUGAAUGUCGACUCCAACUAGACUUCUGGAGAAAUGAAAUAUUGACUGAAGUGACCACAUCAUUGGAUGUUCUCCUGACAAAUCUCAUCAAGGGUGAUCUACUUCCCUCUGCUCUCCUUUGGAUCACUUCUCGACCAGCAGCAGCCAAUCGAAUUCCGCCUGAGAAUAUUGACAGAGUCACAGAAGUGCAAGGGUUCAGCGACCCUCAGAAGGAGGAGUACUUCAGAAGGAGAAUAUGUGAUCAGAAUCUUGCCAGCAAAGUCAUUUCUCAUAUUAGAUCAUCAAGAAGCCUCCACAUUAUGUGCCACAUACCAGUGUUUUGCUGGAUUGCUGUAAACGUUCUUGAGGUUCUUCUUGAGAUGCAUGGAGUUGAGCAAGUUCCAAAGACUUUGACAGAGAUGUACACAUUUUUCCUUGUAUUUCAAACCAAGCAGAGAAGUAUGAAGUUUGAAGGAGUUUAUGACACAGAUCCACAGUGGAACCGGUCUAGUCUCCUUGCUCUUGGAAAGUUGGCCUACAAUCAGCUGGAGAAAGGGAACCUGAUAUUUUAUGAAGAUGACCUGAUUGACAGUGGUAUUGAUGUCAAAGAAGCAGCAGUACAUUGUGGAAUUUGCACCCAGAUCUUUCAAGAAGAGUCGUCAGGCCUUCAUCAAGAAAAGGUGUACUGUUUUGUGCACCUGAGCAUCCAGGAAUACCUUGCAGCUUUGUAUGUGAUUCUGAUGCUUAUAACUGAAGGGAAAGAUCUCAUGUCCCCUCAGCAGGCCUCCAGAGCUGUUGACAGCAGACCAGUGCACAACUCCAUGACCACUUCGCAGAAGAGUGCCGUGGAUAAAGCCUUGGAGCAUGAAGAUGGGCACUUUGAUCUUUUCCUCCGUUUCCUUCUUGGCCUCUCUCUGGAAUCCAACCAGAGACUCCUACGUGGCCUACUGAAGAAAGUGCACAAGGAAGGCAAAGAGGAAAUAACCAGUUACAUUAAGACAAAGAUCAGGGAGAUUCCAUCAUCAGAAAGAGUUAUCAACCUGUUUCACUGUCUGAAUGAAGUCAAUGAUCACUCCUUAGUGGAGGAGGUCCAGAGCUUCCUGAGUGCAGGGGCACUUUCAGCAGCCAAACUCUCAUCUGCACAGUGGUCAGCUCUUGUGUUUGUGCUUCUGACGUCAGAAGAAAAACUGGAUGUGUUUGACUUGAAGAAGUACAGCAGGUCUGAUGAAUGUCUCCUAAGGCUGGGACCAGUAGUGGAGGAAUCCCAAACGGCUCUGCUGAACAGUUGUCGGCUCACUGAGAGUAGCUGUGCGCAUCUGGCAUCUGUUCUCACCAAAGUGUCUUCAAAGCUGAAAAAUCUGGACCUCAGUGACAACAAUAUUGGAGACAUUGGGGUCCAAGAAUUAUGUUGUGGACUGGGUAACUCAAACUGUGCACUGGAGACACUCAGGCUGUCUGAUUGCAGUAUCACAGAGAAGGGCUAUUCUGGUCUGUCCUCAGCCCUGAGGUUAAAUCCUAAUUCCUUCAGAGAGCUUGAUCUCAGAGGAAAUGAUCCAGGGGCAUCAGGAGUUAAACUGCUUUUAGACCUGAAGGAGGAUCCACAGUGUACACUGAGAAAUAUCCAGUUCCUGAAGGGUAGUGCUGCUGAGGAAGCCUGUGCUGCUGUGGCUUCAGCUGUGUGUUCAAACCCCUUACUCAUGACUGAGCUGGAUCUGAGUGAGCGCAUACCAGGAGUCUUGGAAGUGACUCAGCUGUGUGCUUUACUGCAGGAUCCCCACUGCACACUGCAGACAUUACGCCUGGAUAACUGCAGUAUUGGAGAGGAAGGCUUCAGAGCUCUUGCAUCAGCACUGAGAUCAAACCCCUCACACAUGAGAAAGCUGCAGCUGAGUGAGAAUGAAGCAGGAGACUCAGGAGUGAAGCAUCUUUGUUCUCUUCUGGAGGAUCCCAACUGUAAACUGGAGAAUCUACACCUGUAUGACUGCAGUAUUGGAGAGGAAGGCUUCAGAGCUCUUGCAUCAGCACUGAGAUCAAACCCCUCACACAUGAGAGAGCUGCAGCUGAGUGGGAAUAAAGCAGGAGACUCAGGAGUGAAGCAUCUUUCUUCUCUUCUGGAGGAUCCCAACUGUAAACUGGAGAAACUAAAGCUGUCUGAUUGCAGUAUCACAGAGAAGGGCUAUUCUGGUCUGGCUUCAGCCCUGAGGUUAAAUCCCAAUUCCUUCAGAGAGCUUGAUCUCGGAGGAAAUGAUCCAGGGGCAUCAGGAGUUAAACUGCUUUUAGAGCUAAAGGAGGAUCCGCAGUGUACACUUAGAAAUAUCCAGUUCCUGAAGAGUAGCGCUGCUGUGGAAGCCUGUGCUGCUGUGGCUUCAGCUGUGGGUUCAAACCCCUUACUCAUGACUGAGCUGGAUCUGAGUUACCGCAUACCAAGAGUCUUGGAAGUGACUCAGCUGUGUGCUUUACUGCAGGAUCCCCACUGCACACUGCAGACAUUACGCCUGGAUAGCUGCCGUAUUGGAGAGGAAGGCUUGAGAGCUCUUGCAUCAGCACUGAGAUCAAACCCCUCACACAUGAGAGAGCUGCAGCUGAGUUGGAAUGAAGCAGCAGGAGACUCAGGAGUGAAGCAUCUUUGUUCUCUUCUGCAGGAUCCCAACUGUAAACUGGAGAAACUACACCUGGAUAACUGCAGUAUUGGAGAGGAAGGCUUCAGAGCUCUUGCAUCAGCACUGAGAUCAAACCCCUCACACAUGAGAGAGCUGCAGCUGAGUGGGAAUAAAGCAGGAGACUCAGGAGUGAAGCAUCUUUCUUCUCUUCUGAAGGAUCCCAACUGUAAACUGGAGAAUCUAGACCUGUCAUACUGCAGUAUUGGAGAGGAAGGCUUCAGAGCUCUUGCAUCAGCACUGAGAUCAAACCCCUCACACAUGAGAGAGCUGCAGCUGAGUUUGAAUAAAGCAGCAGGAGACUCAGGAGUGAAGCAUCUUUCUUCUCUUCGGAAGGAUCCCAACUGUAAUCUGGAGAAACUAAACCUGGACGGUCAGCAAAAUGACGGCUGUUUACUGAGCUGAAGAACAAUCCAAACUCUAAACAUCUACAAAUACACAGACGAAUGAAUCCAUCUCAUUGUAUUUGUGAAAAGUGAAGGUCUCCAAACUCACUGUUUGGGUGCACUGAUUGACUAUACCUAACUCCACAUAGAAUUUACACUGAUAACCUACAGUUCCCACAUUUGCUAACUGGUGUCGUGUCAAAGUCUGCAACCAUUGGGCAACAUCAUCAUAUUUGUUUAAUUGCCAUUAAUUGCUGAAUUGCUAUAGUUAAUCGGGAUCUAUCACAUAUUUUAUUAUUAUUUUGUAUUCCUGAACUUUCCAGAACUCCAUAUUGAAGGUGUUCUAAGCGAUGUUAAGCGGUUUCUAAGCUUCAACAAUUGUUGUCACAUACAGCACACAUCAUCUCACCCUCUGCUAGCUGUCUGAGCUCUGAAUAAAAUUGA